AUGGUAUUUUACAAUUCUACAGGUGUGGAAUACUGUUACGUCAGACUAUUGUGUCACUUCCCCUGCGUGUGUUCAAGUGUUCUCUUCAACUACCACUUCACAAGGGAAGCACUGUGUGGUCACCCCUUAGUGUAUGGUGGAGAUAGGACGUUUACCAACCUCAGCAUGGCUCUCGUUCUACUGCCCCUGCUUGUCUCAGUGGUCCUGGCGGAAGACCCCUUUUACGGUGAGUUGGCCGCUCAGCUCCCGGUGACGCUGGACCCCAAUGGCAGUGACCAGUACCUGUUCUUCAUCGUGCCGAUCCAGAAGAGCGACGACAUGAACGUGGUCGUGCAGGUGGCGCAGGUCCAAGAGGGGUCGUACCUUCGCAACGACUCGAGGGCUGCCGUAACCGCGGAAGCAGAGAACGGCGACGUCAAUGUGUCUUCGAUCGUCAGUCCCGACUUGUCCCUGGAUGAUGUGUUUCGCACUGGGGAGGACGACAUCCAGCAAGAGUUCAAUUUCCAGGUCCCGGUGGUCGUCCCCAUGAACUUCCCUUUCCGGUACAACCCUGGGGAUGGGUCGCCAGAGCUGCCCAUCUGCGCGGCCGACUCGCGCACUUGGAUGGAAAAUGUCAUCUCCAAAAUCACGACCACAAUGGAUCUGGACUACACCCCAGGGUGGGACCAUAGUGACCUUACCUUAAAGAUUCGUCUGGUGAAGGACACCUUGGCAGCGACGUCCGUGGGGGACCUCUCUACCUCCAGCCUCCUUACAGAGUUCAUGUCGAAGAUCGUGGUCUGCAACGCUUUUGCGGGCGCUAGGACAUCGGCCAUCAUGCAGAAUAUUGACAGUCUCACGGCUGACUACGGUGGUAUCGUGUCCGAGGCCCUUGACACCUACCGUCUCCUGCAGCAGUCCCUGACGAUAGCUAGCGUCGCUGCUGACUCACUUCCCUCGGAUUCCGAUGUAGAUAUCGUUGUUAAUCAGAUAAGCUUGUUGAGCUCUUCGGUAAACACAACACUGACCCAGCUUGGUGCCGCUUACGAAUUAGUGAGAGAGCUGCAGAGCAAAGAAGAAGAAUGAAUGAUUUCCAUCAUUAAUAAUCAUUCCUUAUUGGUUUUCUUCGGAUUUGUUAACCUUUUCAUUCAGUUAACGUAAUUGCAUCUUCUGUUAACAACUGCAUAUAAGGAUUUGUUUUUUGUAUAAUAUGAUAUCAUAAUUAUGAAUUGGUCAGUAUAAUUACAAUUGUAAGAUUCUUAGUGUUCAGUAAAUAUAUGGUAAGAAAUGUUUUACCUUUCACCAUUGUGUUACGGUUCGAUCACUUUUUCGACACUUUUACUCCAAAUUAUAGCUUCUGAGUAGG